AUGGCAAAGAAAGCCAAGUCCCGCACAAUUGCCGUGAGGCUGGUGUCCAUGGCCCUUACCGGAUACUACAAAACCCUCGUUCGACCGCGGACGCAUCGACCUCUGAGUAUGCUGAAAUACGAUCCUGUUGGUACGUUCUAUACAGACAUUUGUAUAUCUGGUGCUUGGUAA